ACCCGAUCCACAUCCUGUGCGGAGCCUGGGACUCAUGACUAAGCGUUAUCAAGAGAGAAAUAUAUAAGAGGCAAACACAGAAACCAUAUGUCAGUUGUAAAGAAACAGUUUGCCUUAUACAUUUGAUAUCGAUUUAAUUAUGGAUCAAUUUCGCAGCCUGUUUGAUAAACUGGACAAGAAUAAAGAUGGCUUUAUUUCAUUGGAGGAACUGCAUAGUGAAAUGCGACGAAUAGGUGUAGUACCAAUAUGUGAAAAGGCGCAAGCUAUCCUGUCUAAAUAUGACCAAAAUAAAGAUGGACGUCUGAGCUAUCAGGAGUUUCUGAUUUACAUGAUGGACAGAGAGAAGAAAUGGAAAAUAGAUUUCCAUGCCCUUGACAUGAAUAAAUCUGGUACCAUUGACCUGGAGGAUAUCAUGACUCUGUUUAAGGAGUUAGGUUUGCUUAUAUCAAAACACAAUGCAAAGAAAAUCAUUAAAAUGAUGGAUGAAGAUAACUCAAUGACCGUAGACUGGGAAGAAUUCCUACAGCACAUCAUCAUUAACCCAGCAGAAAACAUUAGUGAGCUGGUGUCAUCCUGGAAACAUAACUUGGUAUUUGAUGUAGGUGAGAGUCGCUCUAUGCCUGUUGAACUUACCCCAGGGGAAACUGACCCUUUAGUCUGGGGGAAAUUUAUAUUGGCUUCGGGCUUGGCAGACGCUGUGUCUAGAACCGCGACAGCUCCAAUUGACCGCCUAAAGACCCGGCUUCAGGUUUUUGAAUCCAAAGCUGUGUCUCUGGGGUUUCGGGAGCUUCAGACAGGAGGUUGUAGAUCCAUGUGGCAAGGCAAUGCUGUAAAUGUUCUUAAAGGAACACCACAGUCAAUGCUGCAGUGCUUCAUAUAUGCUCAGAUGAGGAUGUACAGUCUUGGCGAGAGGGACAGUCUGUCUGUCCAUCAAAGGUUUGGACUGGGCUGUGUGUCAGGGGCUGUGGCACAUGCUGUGUUCUACCCCUUAGAGGUCCUUAAAGUAAGGCUCAAUCUUCAGACCGCUGGCACAUACAAUGGAGUCCUGGGAUGUGCCAAAUUGAUUUACCAGAAUGAGUCUGUGGCAGCUUUCUAUAGAGGGUUCAAACCCAGCAUACUCUGCAUGAUACCUUAUGCUGGAGUGGAAUGCGCAGUGCAUCAGUCAAUUCUAAACUGGGCCAGACAGGACCCAGGCCACAUCAGUGACCCUAAACUCUUCCUCAUCAGUUUCGCAGCGUUUGCCUCAGGACAGGCCACCAGUUACCCUCUCGCCAUCAUCAGAACGCAGCAGCAAGCUCAAGCUGUAAGUGCAACCUCUCAGAAACCUGUGAAUGUUCUUCAAGGACUCGUUGGAAUCUAUGAGGCUUAUGGUGUCAGAGGUUUUUAUAAUGGAAUGGGUGCAAGCUUUGUGAGAGCAGUCCCAUGUGCUUUGCUGAAUUAUACAAUGACCUCAAAAUUUGAGACACUGCUUUCCUCAUUGUAAUGUGGAAUAACGCUGAAAGAAGAGGCCCUUCUUUACAUGUAACCCUAUGUAUAUUUGUUUAUUUAUUAAUGAAGUAUACCUUUGCCCGAACAUGUUCACUUUUAAUCUGUGUACCAUUUACUUGUAAAUAAAAAAUAAUUUCUGUUUACUUUAA